AUGUUCCACCAGUUCUACGCGGAGAAGGUGCAGCAGAAAGCGCAGAUGAUCGAGGACCACGAGCGCGCGCUGAGACACGACCUCGAACGUCAGAAGCUUACCUACGAGCAGCAGCGCCAGGAGGCUUACCACAUGCUGGGCACCAUUCGAGCGGAGACUGCCUCCAAGGCGCGUGAUGCACCAACUUCUGAGGUCGCAGCCCGCCAGCAGGAGAUGAGCGAACAACUUCAUCGCGAGUGCGAACGACUUCAGCGCGAGGGCCAGAGGAUCGAGCAGAUGAACCAGGACCUCCGUCUCGAGGAGCAGGCCGUGCAAGUCAUGGCAGCCCAGGAGAUGCAAAGAAAGAACGACAUAGCCGAACAGAUCGCUGAAGCCCAAGCAGACCUCAAGCGAGAGGAGAUCAAACAGGAGCACGCGAUCCAGCAGCAGACCGCCAUCGCAGCCAACAAGCUCCUGGAGGAACAUUACACAGUACAGAGGGAGCGAGAAGUGGUCUACCAGCAAGCGGAGCUCCAGCUUGAGGCGCAGCGACACAUUCAGAAUAAGCGCGACCAGCUCGAAGCCAAAGAAGCGGAGCACCUGCGCGCCACCCAACAGCACCAGCUCUUCUUCAACGAGGCCCAGGCUCCCCAGCAGCAGAUGCACCACCGGACCAACUAUGACCAGCAUCAACGCGAGCAGUUCCUGGAGGGAUACGGCCAAUACGAGGCAGAGAUACACCAGCAGCAGCUCGCCAACUCCGACAGGCACAAAGACAAUCACAGGAAGAACAUCAUCGUGAACAGCUGGCCCGACAACAGGAAGAGCGUCGAGUACACCAAGAUCGAUACUGACAUGCUCGACGGCGUCGCCAGUGCGCUCACCAAGGAAAACGAGGAGCAGAAGAUGCAAGCCCAAGCCGAUGACGAGGAGGCCUACCAGCGGGACAACAUACGCCCCGCCCUCCACGCCAUCGCUCCGUCGCACGAGUUCGACUACGACGAGACCCGCGAAUCGCACUACGCCGAGCUAAUCCAGGUGGAGACCCCGAACGCUGCAGGGCAUCGAGGCGUUCCCUCAUCUUCUGGAUCUUCGAAUGGCUUAACGCCGCCCUUCUACUGCAGCCUCUGCAAGUCGCGUGGCAACUACACCAGCGCCAAGACGGAGAUCAUCAGGCGCAGGCACUGUGGGAGCGAGCACAUCGAGGACCGCCCCGCCGACCUCGGCGACAACU